UUAGGCGAAAACUUGACAAACUCCUUGGGUUAGUCUCGAUGCGAUCAGUCCGGCGAGUUGUGUCUUUGGUGGAUAAUGUUAGAUACUAUUAAAGACAUUUUGGACUGCGCGUUCAUACACAACAUCACCAAUUCGAACACGACUAAUCAUUCCCAAGGAAACAAUAAUGCGUCCCCAAAAGAUGGCAUUCAGUGGCGGGGCAACCGCACCGGCAGCUUCAAUAACGGGCAAUGCAACGGAGGCGGCCGGGGCCUCAACGGCGGCAUUUUCGGCGACGGCGGCGAAGCCGGGGGUUGCAAUGGGACUGAGGGCUCGGCCGCAGCAGGGCCGGACCAGCUGGAGGGGCCGGGCUCAAUUGAGAAUGACACUGUUCACCUCAAGAGACGGGUGGGACUCAUCAGUGGGGUGGCUUUAAUUGUCGGAACCAUGAUAGGUUCCGGAAUUUUCGUUUCCCCGUCGGGACUCCUUGUCAGGACCGGUUCAAUCGGGAUGAGCUUUGUGAUAUGGAUGGCAUGUGGAUUGUUAUCCCUUUUAGGUGCCCUUUCUUACGCAGAAUUGGGCACGAUGAAUACAUCUUCGGGGGCGGAGUACGCAUACUUCAUGGACGCAUUUGGAGCCCCGCCGGCAUUUCUUUUUUCGUGGGCCAGUACCCUGGUGCUGAAACCAUCCCAAAUGGCUAUCAUUUGCCUAAGCUUCGGAAAAUAUGCCGUAGAAGCGUUCGUCUCGCAGUGUGACCCUCCAGAAAUUGUUGUCAAGAUGGUAGCGUUACUGGCUAUAGUUGUGAUCUUGUAUGUUAACUGCUACAGCGUCAAUUUGGCAACAAGUGUUCAAAAUGUCUUCACAGCAGCUAAACUUGUUGCAGUACUGAUUGUGAUAUUAGGAGGAAUGUAUAAAAUAGCUGAAGGAAAUACUCAGCAUUUACGACAACCUUUCCGCAACACACAAUACUCUAUUGGAAAUAUUGCAACAGCCUUCUACACUGGUUUAUGGGCAUAUGAUGGUUGGAACAACUUAAAUUAUGUUACUGAAGAAAUUAAAAAUCCUUCCAGAAAUUUACCACGCAGCAUCAUCAUCGGAAUACCCUUGGUGACCGUUUGCUAUGCCCUGAUCAACGUUUCUUACUUGGCCGUCAUGUCACCAAUGGAAAUGGCCAACAGUGAAGCAGUGGCCGUAACCUUCGGAAACCGCUUAUUGGGAGUUAUGGCAUGGUUAAUGCCUUUGUCAGUCACCAUCUCCACAUUCGGCUCCGCAAAUGGAACAUUGUUCGCCGCAGGUCGAUUGUGUUUCGCAGCCAGCAGGGAAGGCCAUCUGCUUGACAUACUGUCCUACGUUCACAUCAGAAGAUACACUCCGGCACCUGGACUCAUAUUUCACUCAAUCAUAGCUGCCGCAAUGGUGUUAUACGGUACCAUCGACUCCUUGAUCGACUUCUUCAGUUUCACUGCUUGGAUUUUCUACGGAGGUUCAAUGGUUGCCCUGAUUGUUAUGCGUUAUACUAAGCCAAACUACCCGAGACCUUACAAGGUACCAAUAAUCAUUCCUUAUGUGGUAUUAGUGAUCUCUAUCUACCUGAUAAUAGGCCCCAUUAUAGAUAAGCCUACCAUCGAGUACCUGUAUGCUGCGCUCUUUAUUUUGGGAGGAAUGCUAUUUUACGUUCCUUUCGUGCAUUAUAAGCUGCGCGUACCAUAUAUGGAUGGUAUGACAGUCUUUUUACAAAUGUUAUUUGAAGUGGCACCUACAUCGAAUAUGUUUGAGUAGAUCCAGGCAGAACUUCUUAGCUAAAGCUCAAAUAGACAUAGAUCCAUCAUGGUUACAAGGCGUAUUUAAGUCGUAUCUAUACAAAAAUAUUUUUCUUAUGCCUGCUGUGAAUAAGUGUAGAUCGACCUAAGGAAUUGUAUAGAAAAUAUAAAUAAAAAAUUAUUGCACGGAUCAUUCCUGAUAAUCGAGACACCAUGGGGUGCAACGUGGAUGUCUCUCAAUUUUUAAUAAAAAUAGUUACAAAUGAAAUUAGUUGUCCGAUGAAUAUAACAUUUGCCGAAAACAAAAUUAAUAAAGCAGAAUUCUAAAUUUUAAAACGAAUGAAGUUGUCCGCCAUUCACUGCCUAAUGAAACUCUUUUCAUUUAAAUAAUAGUUAAUUAAUCAAUUGUAAUAAUCAAAUUGAGAUAUUAAAUUUUAUAAAAACUAAUUUCAUUUGAAACAAGGCAUUUUAUACCAACUAACUGUACAUUUAUUACGAAAAGUCUGACUUUUUUAUGAAAUUAUUUUUAUAAUACAGAUAUCUUGUAACCAUGAUAUUGUAGAAGUUGUUAUGAUGUUAAGGUAAAAAUAUGCCAUAGUCAUUCCUUACCUAAACAUUGUUGAAUUUUGUAUUUAUUUUUAAUUUUUCAAUUUGUAUUUUUUUAUUUGAUAAAAUUUCUUGUCUAGAGAGUACUACUUGUCACUCUAACAUAGUUGUAAUAUUGGAAAGGUAAACAGUUUUUAUCUAUUUUACUACACUUAUUGAUUCUCAAACAACAUUAACAACAAAUGUACCUGUAUAUAUUUGCCAAUUUGAUAAUUAUUUACAUAUCCGCAACAGAUACUCUCGGCAUUUGAAAUCAUGUAACAUCGAGAUGAUAGUUGAAAUUGUUAUUAUUUAUUAUUGAUUAAGAUUAAUUUUUGUAUAAAAAUAGAUCAGAAACAUUGUUGCCAAAUGUAAAGCAUAUAAUGAAAUAAAUAUAUAUUAA